AUGUUUGAAGAACAUGAGGAGUUUCUAACUGAUCUUUCAGGUUAUUUGCAUAGGCUAAAUAAUGAGGAAACAAACAAUGCAAACUUAGAGAAUGAUGAAGGGAUUGAAGAUGAUACAGAGAAAGGUCCUAGGCAUAAUCCUAAAGUUCAUUGGAAGGUGAUGAAACCAGUGUUGUUGGAAAGAUAUGAAAGCCCAAAGCAACUCAAACAGUGUUUGACUAACUAUACUUUGGCAAAUGGAUAUCAUAUCUGUUAUGAGCAUAGUGACCAUAAGAAAAUAUUAGCUGUUUGUGGGAAGAAGGAUGAGGCAACUGGUAAAAGAUUCUGUCCAUUUAGGUUAUGGGCUACUUGGAUGAAAGGAAAGUGCUCAUUUCAGAGAAAGACACUUAUUGAUGAGCAUAGAUGUUAUAGAAAUUUUGAGGCUUGUUCUGCAGUGAAUUACAGAUUUGUUGCAGACAAGUUUGUAAACAGAAUUAGGCAAAAUCCCAAUAUUAAAUUGAAAGAGAUUCAAGAAGCAUUCAUGAAGAAGUUUAAGUGUAGUAUUUCAGCAAAUCAAGCUAUGAGGGCUAGAUUACAUGCAAAGUAUGAGUAUGAAGAGUCAGUGAAGAAGCAUUAUGAGAAACUGAGGGACUAUGGAGCAGAAAUAUUCAAAAGAAAUCCAGGGAGUACAGUUAAGUUGAAUGUUUCAAGAAAUCCAGAUGGUAAAAUAUAUUUUCAGGGUUUUUAUGUGUGUUUUAAGGGGUUGCAAGAUGGUUGGAAGGCUGGGUGUAGGAGAAUUAUACAUUUAGAUGGUUGUUUUCUAAAAACUAUUUGCAAAGGUGAAUUAUUGUCAACAGUGGGUAGGGAUGCCAAUAACCAUAUUUUCCCAAUUGCAUGGGCUGUUGUUACUAUGGAGAACAAAGAGAACUGGGCAUGGUUCAUUGACUUGCUUAAAGAUGAUCUUGACAUGGGCAGUGGCAAUGGUAUAGCAUUGAUGUCAGAUCAACAUAAGGGUCUUAUUGAAUCUGUGAAAGAUAUAUUACCCAAUGCAGAGCACAGACAAUGUGCUAGGCAUAUUUAUGGCAACUUUAGGAAGAAACUUAGUGGGGUUUUGUAUAGGAAUCUAUUUUGGAGAAUUUGCAAGUCUAGUCAGCCUACUUUGUUUGAUGAAAACAUGAAAGAGUUGAAAGAGGCAAACAUUGAUGCUUACAAUUACUUGAUGAAAAGAGAACCAAAAACAUGGUGUAGGGCCUUUUUCAGAAGUGGAAUAGCAUGUGAAGCUGUAGAAAAUGGGAUUAGUGAGUGUUUUAACUCAUUGAUUGUUGAAAUAAGAAGGAAACCAAUUUUAACAAUGCUUGAAGCCAUUAGGGUUAUCUUAAUGGAAAGGCUAGACAAGAUGAGGAAACUGCAGGCUACAUGGAAUGAUGACAUCUGUCCAGCCAUAAGGAAAAGAUUGGAACUAGCAAAGGAUGAACAGAUCAAUUGGAAGGUGGUCCCAGGUGGAGGUGCUCAGUUUGAGAUAAUUAAAGGAUGUGAAAGCUACAUAGUUGAUGAAAAGAAACAAGAAUGCACAUGUAGAAUGUGGCAAUUGUUUGGUAUUCCUUGUCCUCAUUCUGUUGCUAUGUUGUUUUACAUUAGAAAGGCACUAGAAAAUUAUGUGUCUAGCUAG